GCAAUGAGCACUGAUGGUAUUUGACCAGUGACAUGAAGCAAAUGCAAAUAUUUGAUGCGCGUAAUUUGCAUCCCUGGACGUCGAGAGAUGGAGACACUAAGCGAGCUCUCUCGUCGCGCGUUUCGACGACGACUCGCCUCUUGCUUCCAGUUACGGUGAAGCGACUUCUUCGCCCGAAAAUAAAGUGCGCAGUGUGCGUGCACUGUCCGGUCUUGUCUUCUGCGCCGUCUUGCUCAAGUUACCAACGAGUUAAACUUUGGAGGAGACGCGUAACCUUCCAGUGCACACGACGUGUGUUGACGCCGAACCCAGGUCAGGAUGUGGCACUUCGCUUUGAAACUUUACCCUGCCUGGCAGCUGUGUUACGCCAGCCUGAUUAUACAGAAUCUCGCAUAUGUUAAUCAACGUCGCUGGGAGUCGUUGCGUACAAAUUCACCAGGCACAUCUGAAUGAACCUCCCACCACAGAUAUAGAUAGUACAGGACCUUUCCUGCGAGUUUGUAAAGAUUAAGCCCGGAGAUCGGUUGCUGCGUAACCGGGUGUGAAAAUAAAAUGGCAAUCGCUUAACCAAACGGUGUGCAAAAAGCAAUCCUGAAUGGGAUCUGUUGCUGGAUAGUAUGAUUAAGUUAAAUCCCGUGUGUUUUUUUAAGGACACGGGUGAGGAUAAUCUAGAGCGAUCAUGUGAAGCGAAAACUAGCGUAUGUAGUGUAUUUGAAGAGUACUGCAACCAGUAGGUCUACUCUGAGAUCGAGAGGUCUGAAAAAUUUAUUUGAAAAUGGCUUCUGGAAAUGACACAGCCGGCGCUUUGUCAGUUCGCACAUCUGCUGCCGCUUCAUCAACAAAUCCUGUGACCGAAGACCCGCCUUACCAUCUUCUCUCACAAUCUACCGGUACCGCCAGCGCUUGGACUGGCGGCCUGAGCAAGGAAGCUCCCAGCUCGGUGAAUGGGCCAGAUGACAUCUUCACCCCGAGCCAGUACACGUGGAAUCUGAUCCUCGGCAUCACCGCGUCCGUCAUCUUCGUGCUGGUCACGGUGGCCGCGCUGUUCGGGCUGAUAGCGUUCAAGCGGUACAUGAGGAAGAGGAACCGGACCCUGAGCGCAGACACCGGGGUCUUCUCGCCGAGAAGGGGCAGCAAGGCCGGACUGGACAUGAUCGAUAAUUCAGUGGUCCUCACGUCACACAGUUCACUUCAGAGAAGUGGUUCUCUUCGGAAGCAGUUCCAGAAGCUCCUGUCAAGAUGAACGACGUUGCUGUUGUGACACAUGAUAUAAUUAUUCUUGGCAACGGCGAAGAAGAGGCUGCAAUCGAAACCUGGAAUAAGUGCUGUUGAGAUUGGCUUCACUUCACACAAUUUUGACAGUGCAGUUCGGUGUGGCACAUACUGUAUAGCACGAAAUAAUAAGGGAAUAAAUUGUGCUUGGCCGGUCUUAAACGUAAAGACCGGCCAAGCACAUUACCAUUCAUAAAUACCUUGUUUAGCAAGAGAGUCAAAGAUGUCAAUAUAUGAUGGAUUUCCAGCGAUUUUGUUCAGAAUUCUACUUUUAUUUUCCCGAACACCCCCGUCCAUUUUAUGGUAUAUUCCUUGUGAAAAUUGUCCACAAGAAUCUCCUUACAUGGAUUUUGGCGCGCGCGUGGUGGGCAGCCUGCACAGACACCCUUGACCAAUCAGAAUCGAUUAAACUGUUUCGAAUCCAGGUGCCAGCGAGUGAUUUACACAGAGGGCUAUUAUCACUUCUGAUCGGGCAUUAUCAAAAUGUUAAUGUGCGUUAACUAGGGAGACUGUCUGAGGUAUUUACGUCACGGGGUGUUCGGGAAAAUGAAAGUAAAAUUAUAGAACAAAUCGUUGGAAAUUCAUCAUAUAUUGACAUCUUCACUCUCUGACUAAACAAGGUACAUGUAUUUAUGGAUAUUUAUGAAUAGGAAUAAAUAUGUAUAAAUUUUUCUUCCCUUAUUAAUAGAGGUUAUGCGGUAACGCUUCCUCAUAGGGCAAGAGUUUUGUAUGAGGGGAGAGGCUCGAGUAAACCUUUUGUGCAUUCGUUGUAACUAAAUUUAGAUAACAAAACCAGUCUCUCCGACACCCUAAAGACGCCAGCAACUGCAACUGGUCUGCUCAAGAUUUGUGUGGAACUUACUACGGAACGCAUUACCGGGUACCAGGCAGAUAAACUGAGGCAGCCGGUUCGAGUUGUUGCUCGGUUGAUGGAAAACACGAGCGCCCAAAACCACGUUCCAGGGAAUAAAACCACCGUGACUUUUGAUAAACUAUGACAUAACAGUUGCUUUUCUUUCUACACUGCCGGUCUUCAACUUUUGGCCCGGUGUAACGGUCUCAUCCUUCUGGCGUGCUCGGAUUUCCGUAAGAACGCACUGGACAAAAUAAGCACGUUGCCGCAACGUGCCCAUUUGUCUGGCGUGCUGAUUUUGCCUGUCACACACACGUAGGUCUACCGUGUACGGGGUCUUGGACGUGUACGGAGACUACAAGGUUGUUAAGUAUUUUACGCAUCAAAGCCGUCUAGGGGGUGUAAAACAAUGCACAUUUAUCCAUGUUAAAUUACAUUGUCAGAAUGACCACGACGAAGAGCAGGGUCUAAAGCUUUCACUGCGCUCUACACUGAUGCCGCUGUCAUUUAUCGGAUAUUACUGAUGCAGACAGUCACAAGUCACUCCGCCCCUUGCCGUACUUCGAGCCUUGCCUGGGACUUUAUGCUCCUUGCUGCCGAUUCUGAUAUCCCAGAAGGAUAAGACCUACUUUGCAGAUACCGUUUGUUCUGUAAUGUGACGCUUCUUUUUGCACCCUUCAGACAUGGCACUAGACGCCAUGCCAUGACCAAAAUUCCGCGAAAACCACUUCCAAGCAAGCGCACGAACAUUUACUUCCGCACGAUCCGAAGGCCCGCGUGUCAUGAUUACGUGAUGUAGGAACUCAGCACACCCAGAAAGCUCACCAAAACGGGAUUCACUGCGCAAGUGCGGGUCGCUCGGCAGUGUUUGCAUACUACCCGGAAACCCGAGCACGCCGGAAAAAUGAGACCGUUACACCGGGCUUACAAGCAGCGAGCAUGUAUCCGGUCAACCGCCUGUAUCUCCCUCGCUAACAUGUUUUAAAGGCCAAAUGCUAAUUGAUCCGGCUACGGCUGAAGGCACAGGUUUUGUUUUCCCAUUCACGGGGAGGCCAUAAUUUUCCUGGAAAUUUUCCUGGAAUCUAUCGUAUUCAGUGCAACCUGCUAAAUAAGGUGGUGCAAUCUAUAGUGGUUUCCAAACCUCACUUUCUGUUUUUGUAAAUGUUGCCAAAAACAGUUAGAUAUUAUUCAUUACAAAUUUAAAUUAUUCUAAUCCGAAACUGGCACGAGGUUGUAAUGAACUUUUGUUUCGUUACGGUUAUUUUUACGCGCAUGUUCCCAAAAUAAAAAAGCAUACCUCGCUUACAAUUCAAAAUGGCCGACACAUGACUACAGUCUAUUAGCCAGUUUGGUAUUUCAAAAAAUGCGAGGUCAUGCGAGAGCAAAGUACCUGAUUUCAUGCGAGUUCGAACAUGUUCUUUGGGUAAAUGAGUCGGCGUUCGGCCGCGCUUGGGCCAACCUCGAUUGAUGUUCUCGGAUGACCUUUGGAAGCGUUUCUUGCGCUGUCUGGACCCCACCUUCCAUCAUAUUGGUGCAUUUAUCGUUUACUUUCGAAUGUUGAAAGAGUAAGAAGGCCUGGGAAGUCAAGUAUAAAUCUUGACACUUUCUGUCAGCAAAUCGAAUUUCCUGCGUUUGGUCCUUGCUCCAUGGUUUGUUCUACUGAAAUGUCAACGCAAUCAUGUGACGUUCACGAUCAACUCACUGGACUACCGUUUGUCAGCAGAGAGAGUAGGCCUACAUUUUCGCAACCGUAGCAACCUCGUGCCUCUACCGUAACGCCUGAGGACGCAAACAAUUGAGUCGGAGUCAACCAUGAGUCUGAAUUAAUUCUUUCAAUCCGAACAUAUUUGAAAGCGCUAGAGGGAUUUGAAUAUCACGUUGAUACAUUAGGACAUGUAGUGACGAUUCUGACACAGUUUGCCGAUUCAUCACGCGGAAGCUUAUGUCAGGGUCGUCUUGUCACAUUACAAGAGUGCAACCAGAUCAGUGAGGGCAUGAUCUCUCUGCAGGGGGUUCGAAGAUCAAUCAUGGUUCGUGACGAUCCCAGUGGAUGUGUUUCAGUUUAUCUCGUACAAAAGCAAUGUUUACAUGGAACUAGGCCUAAUUGCCCCAAAGCACCUUUUAAGAAUACAGUACUAGCAUUUUGAACGUCACUAAAGUGAAAGAUUAUGAAUCAUCACCAGGUAAUAAUAGGCCUAAGCGUUUCCUUAUGAUAGAUUUUCGAAUGGGCUUGUUCGAAAUAAUUGUAAGGUUAUUCGUACAUGCUUGGUUGAUUCCCCGUUUGCUUGUUUGUCCCGUCCACUUGUCAUUUUGCCUUUGAGAAAGAUUCUGCUAGGAUCGAAACGUCAGGCCCUCCAUAUUUUGCGAUUCUGAGAUAUCAAGAAAAUCUUAACGCAAAUAAAAGAUUUAAAUAAGGCAAUUGCAUAUAAGUUAACCCAGACAGGUCUACUUCAGUUGUCUUGUAUAAAUUAUUUCUUUUGAGGUCUGAAAGUAAUGUUUGCUAUUGGAACUGAAAUUGAGAGAGACUAUGUUAAAUGAGAUUACAAGUUCUGCGUUUUGGUGUUUAUUUCUAACUUGCCCGUGUAGCUUUUCAGAGGGCUGCGCUCACACCAGAAGGGACGUAUUUUACACUCGCUAUGGAUUUUGUUGUUUCAUUGAUGUUAUUUCGGCAUAAUGCCUUCUCUUUCUCUCGUGUACGUAUUAGUUUUUUCUGUUUAUCCUUUCAUGAGCAAGAUUACUCAGAGUUACUUUCAUCAAAAGUAACUGAAAAACAAAUUAAUCUAUAAAAUUCAAAAUAAACUUUAUAGAUUUAUUUGUUUUUCAGUUUGUGUAUACGUGAUAAAUAUAUUAUAAUUAUAUUAAUGUUUCCAAGCUUGGAGUGGAGAUUUGUACAGUGUAACUAAAAUUAAUUUACGCAUUGACUGUAUAUAGUCUCUAUGUUGGUCUUGUUAACAUAUUUGCUAAUUUUAUAAUUAUAAAUGCGUUUCCGGGACCGGAACGGCUCGUAUGUGGCCGUUCUGGUGCGACUUUAAAAGCUUUUUUUUUUUAAAUUUCAAUUGCACCUGGUAGAUCGUUCCUAAUUAAAUACACACAUGCUUUAUCACAACCAGGCAGGCAUGACAAUAAAUUAUUUUUGCAAAUAAAUUUCAAGUCAUCAGUCA